GACCCCCGGUUUUGCAUUUUUGGGGGCAGAGCUAAAUUCAAAUCUGCCCUGAAACACACGCCUUGUUCCAGCUCCGUCAGUCUGUUCGGAUCUGUGCGUGAGGAGUCUGCACACUGCACCCACCCGGACCAUGGUAGACGAACAAAGUCCCAGUGUAGGUUCUGUGGAAGUAUGAUGUUGUCCUGCAGAUAUGAUGGAUGCAGCAGACUCCUCUGAUCCGUACAGCAGACCUGCGCGCAGGACACAAUGGAUAGUCAGCACCCUGGCAUACCACUACGGACUGGACCGAGGAGUGGAGAACGAGAUCAUAGUGUUGGCCACGGGACUGGACCAGUACCUGCAAGAGAUCUUCCAUCACAUGGACUACCAGGGUGGAGGCAGAAUCCCCCUGGAGGACUUUAACAUCUUGUGCGACGUUCUCGGACUGAGCAAAGACUCGGAGGACUCGGAAUGCGCCGGAGUUGUGGACAGUCUGCCCACGGAGCUCACCUUCAGGCACUUCCACGCCAAACUGUGCGGAUACUUCAGCACCAAGGCGGGCUGUCAGUACGAGAACGGCCGGCUGCCGGUGGGCAAGGACAGCGAGCACAUAGAGACCCAGAUCCGCCUCAGGAGCCCCCUGAAGCGGCGGGAGAGGCUGCCGUCCGUGUCCUCCCCGUCCUCCGGCUGCAGGCUGGGCUCCUGCACCAGGGAGUGUUACGAGGAGAUAGUGGCUCUGGAGGAGGCGGAGGACCGGGUGGCAAAGCUGGAGGAUGAGAAUGCAAACCUGAGGGAGCUGAUAGAGGACAUGAGAGCCGCACUGCAGAGCAGCGAUGCCCGGUGUCUGGCUCUACAGGUAGGACUAUGGAAAAGUCACUCCAGUCAUAAAUCAGAGGAAGGCUGUUUCGUUGCCCAACAAAAACAAUCCGCCCAAAGAAGCAUCAAUAAUUCCAACCUGAAAAGCAGCUCCUACAGCAACCUAAAAAGCCUCCAGAACAUUAUCCAUGAAAUCGAACUGCUGCACAGCUCCAGAGACCGGCAGGUGGAGGAAGCCAUGCUGUGUAAUCAGAGACUGGAGCAGGAACUGUGGAGCUCCAAAGAGACCGUGGUCGCUCUGGAGGACUGCAACCGAGCUCUGAAGAGGGAGCAGGCGGCCAUGAGGAGGAAGGUGGAAGAGGCCAGACAGGCGCUGGUCAAUGGCCUGGGGAAGGUCAAGGAGCUGGAGGUUAAAGCCAACCAUGUGCCGACGCUGCAGAGACACAUUAUUCAGCUGGAAUCCGAGCUCCUCUACUACAGGUCCGAAGUGUCAAAACUACAACUCCCAAGCAGCACCAGAGCAGAGCAGCAGCAGCAGCUGAGCGGAGGCAGCAGUAGGAUGGGCCAGAGGUGCUGCUCAGACUCCCAACAUGACCGCUGUUCACCGACGGGUCAGGCAGUGACGACCCCGGAUAAAAUGGAAGAGCAGCUGUUUCGUUCAGUGGAAGGCCAGGCAGCCUCAGAUGAGGAAGAGGACAAGUGGACCGGAGACCAGCAGAGGCAGGUGGACGAGGUGAAGAAGAUCCUAACCAGGCUGUCCUGCUGCGGAGAAAGGUGCGAUGACAAAGCUUUCAGGAAGUUGAUGUCAAACUUCGGGAGUUCGAGAAGCGAGGAGAGCUGCAGCGCUGUGGUGGAGCUCCUGGAGAGGGUGACCAGGUUACAUAAACAGCUGGACCUGAAGGAGAGCCAGGCUGAGAUAGACAUGGACCAGAUGAAGGAGUCCCUGGUGCAGGAGCUGCAGCAGAAGGCAGAGGAAACCGAACUGCUUCAGAUGGAGCUCCAGAUGCUGGAGACGGAGAGAGUUCGUCUGUCGCUGGUGGAGGAGAAACUUCUGGAUAUUCUGCAGCUCCUCCAGCAGCUCAGAGACCUGAAUGUGUCCCGUCGGUCUCUGGGGAAAAUCUUGCUCAGCACUUUGGAGUCCUGCAGUGACCCCCAACAUGGGAAAGCCCACAUUUUGGAAGUGCUCAACGCUCUCUAUCAUGAACUGACGGCCUGUGAGGUUCUGUCCACCGGUGGACCGCUGGAGAGGGCGCAGAGUCAGCAGUCCCUCAACGCCCUCAUCAUCUCUUGCUGAACAUGACUGCCUCCUGCUGGGCCCGGGGACGUCCAACACUUCUGCCUUUUUACAGGACACUGUUAUUAUAGUGAUCAGGAAACAGGCAAAUGAUGUACAUAGUGUAUCAUAUUGUAGCGUUUAUACUCACAAGACCUAUUAUCUUUUAAGGAGAAUUAGCCUAGAAUGCUAAUUAAUGUAGCAAAGGACUUUAUUACAUAUUACUUAUGCAUUUUUCAGAAACUGUCACUACCCUAUUUGUCCUUGAAAUCUGAGGGGGGGGUUUUCCACGUAUGUGCAAAACUUCAUAUUCCUGUCAUGAAAAUUUCACAGUAAUCAUGGCAGCUUCUAAGAUUUAAAGAAAAUUAGUAUUCAUGUGACCUUUGGUUUUAGUAGUUUUAUAAUAAAAAUAUUAGACCAUCAAAAGUCAUCAAAAACAAUGGUUAUGCAAUCAAGUAUUAACCCCUGUGUGUAUCAUGUGACUAAAACAGAAAGAAAAGAAA